CGAGUCAAAGGGGGAAAGGGAGGAUGCUCCAAAGACUCUUUCGCAGCAAAGCAGCCUCUAGAGACAACGAUGAUAUUUAUACGCAGUCUCUUUUAGAAUCCGAACCAUGGUCUCCGAUACCCCUGAAGGAAGGACACAUCCGGAUCUUAUUCUGCCAAGAUGCAGGCGAUUCAAACAAAACAGUUCUCUACGACUCGGACCUACCAGCUAUUCUAGCACAAGAUGCCCGAACACCAACAGAAAUGGCCCGUUCCUGGAAUGGCAAUCAACUUCAAGCAUUGACAGGGCGAGUAAAUCUAGAAAUGGACUCAUUGAUAGGGAGAAGACAAGAAUUUAAACCACACAGUUUACGUGCAACACCCUCAUUGUCGAUGCAUGACCAAGGUUCAUCACACCAGCAACGUCAAGCAAAUCGUCGGCUAGAUCUAAUUGGAGACAUGAUAUUUGGUACAGCACCAUUAGCUUACAAAGGGAUGAAUACCAAAGUCCACUACAAACGAGACAAGGAUCCACAGAUUGUACUAUCAAAACUGUUCACACUCCAUCCACGUGACUCAGAGGGAGGAAGGCGGACGUCGUUUUCUUCUAUUAACAGUGACAGAUCUACCGCUUCUUCUAGAAGUGGGUUUUAUGGAGACGAGACCAAACGCUCUGUGUCUGCAAUGUCAAUGCAAUCUGUAUCCAUGGAAGAUACGACAUCUGAGCAAUCGAGUGACGACGAAAGUCGCUACUCCGCAUCCAUUUACCCUCCAAUUUUGGGACUCCGGACUCACUCAAGGCGAUCAUUCUGUUCAAAGCGAUCUCGACGAUUCAGUCAGACUACUUUAGAAAACGGUACCUUUCGUCCAAUGCCUCUCCCAAGCACUCGAUUAUCUGUGCCCGUACGACAUGCCUCUCGAUCAGUCAAGUACGCACUUGCUAUCGUUAUCACCUUGGAAGACAAGAACAAGACAUUGUAUGAUUUUGUAUUCUCCCACUUUGCCCUGAUAGAAAACAGAAUGCAUCAAUUGCAGACAGAAGCCUUUAGAGUACUCUGUAGUCAUUUUCGUACACAUAUUCCUCCGACUUCUCAGGUACCGCUAAGGAAAACCAAGACAAAUCCGUCCCAUUUGAGCCCAAAUAUAUUCCAAAAUGAACACAUUAUGAUAGAAGCUGUCCAUCAAUUCAAGAAUGCGUUUUACGAGCUGUAUGGAACACCACGCAUUCAGGAACCCCUGUGGUUGAACAUGUCGACAUUUCCUCAACGCAAAUCAGAUUACAGCAAGAGUCUGAUCAAAGAGUUGGUCCAUUUGAUCACCGAGUUUGACAACAGGGCCCACAAUUAUCUUGUAUCCACCAUGAUUACAGCCGUUCUUGCUUACCAUUUGUCUUGGGUCAAUACAGUUGCUCCACCAGAAAAUGAAGUUAAUAUUGGUUGUCAUCACGGAAAUUAUGACCCUCUGUGGGCUCAAUUGAGUGAUAUGUAUGGUUACGUUGGAACACCUUCUCGAAUAACAAGAACAAUAGUCAUUGGCCAGAAAGCCAGUACUGUUCGACGUAUAUUGUACAUCCUUAGCUAUCUUAUACGAUGCAAUGAGGUAUACGAAAACUUUGAAUCCUUGCUUGAUCCAGAGACAGUUGAUCUGUUUGGCUGCGAAAGAGGAGGCGAUGAAAGUUUUGCGCUAAAGCUGGAGGACAAAAUUGUUCGUCAACUGAUCGGGUCAUCUACUGACUUGGAGUCAAUUGCGAUCCCAAAGACCCAGCAGAGACCCGAUCUACAGACAUACCCGACAGAAUCCCCAGAGUCAAUCACAACAAACUCAAACUCAACGUCGCUCAGCACAACCCCAAAUAUGUACACAUCACAAUGGCCCUCUUCUACUGACGUGUUCAAUGGAACCAAAAACACAGAAAAAUCAUGGGCCAAACAGCAGCCUCAACAGCAACAACAGCAACAGCAACAGGCGGACGGUAGUCAGAACAAAGUUUCGUCAAAUACAGACACAGACACAGGCACAGGCACAGAUACCCAAAAACCCAUAACCGAAGAAAAAACCAAAUACUUUGAUAAACCUGUUAUAUCUCCUUCUGGAGUAUCUUCAAUUUUUCACAUGGAACCUGAUAUUACACAAGUAAAGGAUAACGGUAUUCCAACUGAUCCUGCAGAUCGGUUGUACGCCAAAUCUUACGGUCGUUCUCUUAUGGCAUCCUAUUGCGAAGGAUAUAAAUCCGAUUUUGUUCUUAUGGGCAUGCCGAAUACUUUAUCCGAUACUCAAUUAGAACAAGAUAUGAAGAUGACACUACAACAGUUCUCAUUAUCAGACUCUGUAUCCGAAUCUGCCUGUCUUGUAAUUGACACAAGUUUAUUACGUUGCCGAGUAUUACAUCAACAAUUAUCUGAAUUAGACGAGCAUCAUAUUAACGGAACAGCUGAAGUUAUCUCAAAUGGCUGGCAAAACGUACGUCUGUCCAACCUUGUUUUUGACCUCUUGGCAGAAGUUAAGCAAAAGAAUGACGCAGGAUUAUCCCCAGAUGAGCUUGUGGAGUUAUUCGAAGAUGGUCUUCAGCUCAUCUAUUUUAGAAGUACACUUUUACAAGAGCGAGUUUAUGAAUGUAUUGAGACAGGUGCCUUGGAUCACCUUGAAGAUCCAAAUGCACUGGCGGCUGAUAUUGGGGUGCAUGGAAAUGAUAUUCCACUUCUUGUAAAUGUAUGCAGUACAUAUGGUAGUAAAGUAUGGGAUGUUCUUGGCCCAUUUGUGUCUCAGGGUGCACAUUGA